GAUAAGAACCCGUUGUCUACAAAAUGCGAGUUGAAAAUUGAACUACCACUGCUAAAAAUGAUUUCAAAAUUUCUACGAUUAAGUUUAAUUCUAGCUCAAGUGCAUAUUUCUGUAUCAGAUAUUUGUAGAUACCCACAUGAAAAAUUUAUUGGGAGCAGGUGCUAUGCUUUCGUUCCGAAACGCCACAAUUUUGAAACUGCAGAGAUUUACUGUCAUGGUCAGGGAUAUAGUUUGGCUACAGUAGAUUCUGCGAUCACUUCGAAUUUUUUGGCUUCUUCCGCCGCAACGGAAUUCGGGUCAAAUAGCGGACAAUUUUGGAUAGGAUUAUCUAGAAAAACUGAAUUCCAACUAUUUUAUUGGGAUGACGGAACCAAUGUGGCAUUCACACAUUUUGACGCAGGGUUCCCAAAUGAACUAAACUACGUGGCAGAAAAUGUGAAAAAUGGGAGGUGGCAGACCCGGGAUGAUCAGGAUGAGCUGGCAUUCGUGUGCUCUUAUGAUCCUUCACUUACUACCACUACUGCUCCUUCUACUUCUUUACCAACUUCUACUAUUUCCACAACCAAACCAACUACUACCACAUCUGUCAGAACAACGACGCAGUGGAAUGCUGUAACAUCUACAACUCUGCAGCAAUCUACAAAAAGAACUGGGUGCCCGGACGGGUUCACAUAUUUUGCGCCAACCCAAAAAUGUUACAUUGUGGUCGUCUAUGGCUACGACUCAGACUACCCUCCUGUGCCGAUUGAUGCUCCAUUUUUGACAAAAGAAAAUCAGAGAUGUCAGAAGUAUGGAACAACUAUUGCAACAAUACAUUCAUCGAGUGUCAAUGAUUUUUUCACAGAUUUAAUCAAAAAGAGCUUCAACGACUCUCGAUUCGCAACAAUUGGGCUCCGCAACACUGACCUCAAAGCUACUGGAGGCAAAUGGCAAUGGUUUGAUGGAAGCUCAGCUGAUUUUCUGAAAUUUGGAGAUUCUUUUCCUAAAACUGGAGAUUAUAUCGCUCAGACUUCUGCGCAAGGAUUCUGGGUAACAUAUACACACACUGCUGCCAACGAGGGUGUAGUUUGUUCAGUGGAUUUUUGAUUAUUAAUCAUUUUUCAAAAUAAUAUUCAAACUUUUAGUUUUUACAAGAUAAUAUUAAUUAAAAGAAUGAACGGUUGUUGAAUGAAUUUUCACUUG